AGUCAAGCAGUACCACGUUGACCAGCACUACUGAGUCGAGUACCACCGAGUCGAGCACAACGCUGGGCAGCACGACAGGAGUCGAGCACCACUGGGUCGACUACCACGGAACGACGUAGCAUCACAUUGACCAGCACGACAGAGUCGAGCACCCCAGGUUCGAGCACCACAGAGUCAAGCAGUACCACGCUGACCAGCACGACUGAUUCGAGUAUCAUUGGGUCGAGCACCACGCUGGGCAGCACGACGGAGUCGAGCACCGCUGGGUCGACUACCUUGGAACGAAGUAGCACCACAUUGACCAGCACGACAGAGUCGAGCACCCCAGGUUCGAGCACCACAGAGUCAAGCAGUACCACGCUGACCAGCACGACUGAGUCGAGUACCACUGGGUCGAGCACCACGCUGGGCAGCACGACAGAGGUCGAGCACCACUGGGUCGACUACCACGGAACAGAAUAGCAUCACAUUGACCAGCACGACAGAGUCGAGCACCCCAGGUUCGAGCACCACAGAGUCAAGCAGUACCACGCUGACCAGCACGAUUGAGUCGAGUACCACCGAGUCGAGCACCACGCUGGGCAGCACGACGGAGUCGAGCACCACUGGGUCGACUACCACGGAACGAAGUAGCAUCACGUUGACCAGCACGACAGAGUCGAGCACCCCAGGUUCGAACACCACAGAGUCAAGCAGUACCACUCUGACCACCACGACUGAUUCGAGUAUCACUGGGUCGAGCACCACGCUGGGCAGCACGACGGAGUCGAGCACCACUGGGUCGACUACCACUGGACGAAGUAGCAUCACAUUGACCAGCACGACAGAGUCGAGCACCCCAGGUUCGAGCACCACAGAGUCAAGCAGUACCACCUUGACAAGCACGACUGAGUCGAGUACCACUGGGUCGAGCACCACGCUGGGCAGCACGACAGAGUCGAGCACCACUGGGUCGACUACCACAGAGUCAAGCAGUACCACACGAGCCUUUUCCGCCAGCACUUCCACCAGCAUGGCCACUUCUUCAACCGGCACUCUCACAAGCACAAGCCAGACGAGUACCACCACCCUGACAUCCACCUCUGUAACGAGCACAGCCCGGACAGGCAGCACAGUAACGUCCACUAGCCACACAAGCACCCUUUCCCUAACAACCAUGUUCACGACCACACUCGCCCGUACACUCCUAAGCACAAGCCAGACGAGCACCACCACCUCGGUAAGCGCAAUCAUCAUUCCCAGUGCAACUUCUUCGACGUCGCAUACAAUCACUACCGUCGCCGCCACCAGCACAGCCGCUUCUUCGCUCAGCACUCUCACGAGCGCAAGCCAGACGAGCACCACCACCCUGACAUCCACCUCUGCAACGAGCACAAGCCAGACGAGCACCACCACCCCGACGAACACGACGAUCACAGCCACCAGCACGGCCGCUUCUUCAACCAGCACUCUCACAAGCGCAAGCCAGACGAGUACCACCACCCUGACAUCCACCUUUGCAACGAGCACAAGCCAGACGAGCACCACCACCCCGACGAACACGACGAUCACCGCCACCAGCACGGCCACUGCUUCAACCAGCACUCUCACAAGCGCAAGCCAGACGAGUACCACCACCCUGACAUCCACCUCUGCAACGAUCACAAGCCAGACGAGCACCACCACCCCGACGAACACGACGAUCACCGCCACCAGCACGGCCACUUCUUCAACCAGCACUCUCACAAGCGCCAGCCAGACGAGUACUACCACCUUGACAUCCACCUCUGCAACGAUCACAAGCCAGACGAGCACCACCACCCUGACGAACACGACGAUUACCGCCACCAGCUCGGCCACCUCCACGACUACCCGCUCACUCACGAGCGCAAGCCAGUCGAGCACCACCAGCCUGACGAGCACAACCAGCACUUCCAGCACAGCUUCCUCGACGACACAGACAACCACUACGACCCCGCUUUAUUCCUUGAGCAGCUCUUUGUCUUUCGACAGCACAGGCACGGCAACUCAGGUGGAAGCUGCUGUGGUCGCAGUUUUGACUGCAACAUAUUCAGUGGCCGAGGACAUUAUGACUGUGACUGUCACGGCGGGUACUUCGCCCAUCGUGACCCGAGAGCUCGCAGGCUCAACCACCAGCUGGCAGGUAGAUUUUAUGAUUGUUGCAGAUGAGGGCACUGUCGACCAGGUGUACGCAGUCGCUGUCAAGAUGUCUGCAAACAGUACAAACUCCAGUGCCCUCGAACGCUUUGGGUCGGAUCUGGGCAGCGCCUUGGAAAGUUUGAACGUGACGCUAAAUUCGACAACCCUGGCGUACACAGACCCAGUUAAACUGAUAAUUACCGCCACCGUGACAACAGUAAGCACGAGCACUACCCAGACGAGUACAUUCACCAGAACACUUACAAGCGUAAGCCAGACGAGCAGUGUCACCUCAACCACCGGCACAUUUACAAGCAUAAGCCAGACGAGCAGUUUCACCCUGACCACCACCGCUCAUACCAGCACGGCCACCUCAACCACCAGCGCAUCUACAAGCGUAAGCCAGACGAGCAGUUCCACCCUGACCACCACCGCUCAUACCAUCACGGCCACCUCAGGCACCAGAACUCUCACGAGCACAACCUCUGAAACGGGCACAACGCAUAGCACCACCCUGACGAGCGCAUCCGAGACCAGCUCAACACCGAGCAGCACCUUGACGAGCGCAUCCGAGACCAGUAUCACAGGGAGCAGCACCCUGACGAGUGUAUCCGAGACCAGCACCACAGGCAGCAGCACCCUGACGAGUGUUUCCGAGAGCAACACCACAAGCAGCAGCACCUUGACGAGUGCAUCCGAGACCAGCACGACACAGAGCAGCAGUGUCAGUUCUGGGUCUUCGACUUGGACCACGAGAAGCAGAACCACUUCGACCACCAUGAGUACUACCGAAAGCAGCAACACUCCGACCACUGUGAGCACUGCGAGCAUUCGGGCGCCCCCUCAAAUAAUUGGGUCGAUCGGCUUGCUGUUCGUGGAUCCGGAGGCGGUCCGGAACGGCCCAGAUGCAUUGAAGGUGUUGAACUCAAUUGGCGCUACGAUCGCUCAGGUGGUGGGCACGUCCGCGAGUUACGUCAGCACCUGGUUUGCGCAGUCUCGAAGGCUCCGGGCCCCUACGCGCGGGCUCUCCAGCGGCAGCCUUGUGGUGGAGUACAGCGUAUCUGUGCCAGCGGAUGCUCCGGCCGACAUCCCGGAUCUUGCCGCCAUGCAGGCGUCCUUGGACAGUGUGGAUAUCAGCUCUUUCACGUCUUUGUUGCAAGCGAACAUCGACGUGGAGGUCGGGGACGGAGUGUACGAGGUCGCCGUGACGGGAAUCACGGCAAUCGCCAUCAACGUGCCGAGCGUCACCUUGCCAGAGGAUACAAUCGACGCUGGUCUCGAGGACGAGGCCAAUUCGAUUAUUGUCGGCAUCGUCAUUUCAGGUGUGGUUUUUAUCGGGUGCGGGUCUUUGCUUCUGUUGCGAGGCUGGCGCUCCCAUCGUCGGCAAGCGGGGGAUCAUGUCAGGGACGCGGAGGUCCCGGGGAUCCCGGUGGGCCCGUUGGGCGCCGCCGGGUCGGCGGCCAGCGCCAGGUCCGAGAAGCUCUCCGUCCGCUUCGAGGGCGACAAGCCGCCCGAGGGCGACCCCAGCUCGGCGAACGCGGGCUCGGCCAGCGCUGGAGCACAGGCCGCGGCUGCGAGGCCGCCCGCUGGCGUGGGCCCCCGCCCACGCCAGCGCUCGCCCAAGCCGCGCUCGCCCACGCCGCGCCCGAAGAAGCGCGGCAAGGCCCAGCAGGUGGCCGACGCCGGCGAGGCCGCGGCGGGCCCGGGCGGCGCCGCCAGGCAGCCUUCGCAGCGCGCGCUGGUCGAGGACCCGGAUGAGAUGCCGUUCGUGCAAGCCUCCAAGUGGAUCGUGGUGCCUCAGCUGGGCCGGCUCUUCUCGGCGGCGGCGCCCGACUGCGACGACUCGGAGGGGUUCGUCGACGACAGCGACUCCCUGGACGACCAGUGCUCCAUUGUGUCCGUGGACCUCGGGCACCCCGCGGACGAGGACCGCUCCGUGGUCUCCGUGGGCGGCAGCCGCUCCGUGGUCUCCGUGGGCGCCCCGUCGCUCGACGGCGCGUGCCCCGCGGCGCACGCCGGCAGGCGGAUCUUCGGGCUGGACCCCUAACCCUGGUAACUCGCUGUAUAUAAAAACAUGACAUCGUUUAACAAGUCAGGAACUCAGGAGCACAGCUUGGUGCCUCGCAACUUGGUGGCACCACUGGCGGGCCAGCAGGUUCCUGAAAUGCGUUCGCCAUUUUUACUGUAUUGUGGCGCAAGACUUGUGUCCUAUUUUAUUGCAUCAUGGCUGCUGGUGCAGGCAGUGUUUUUCGUAGCGGACAGCGCGCCGGUGAGCGCCCGCUAGGCACUGCCAGUAUUUCGGUGUUUCACUACUUGUGUUUUUUGUUGCCAUUGCGGUGUCGUUGCAAAUCAGUAGCCGGCACGGCCAAUAACACUUGGCAUUUUGGUUGCAUCGCUGUAGAGGCUGCGAUAGCUGUCGGCCUUGCCCAGAGGAGGACGAUGUGGAGCACAAGGAGCAGGAGUAGGAGUAGGAUAGAAAACUACUUAAAGCAUGCAAGGCAGCAGCAAGCAUUCGAACGCGCCCCAACGAGGCGAAUGCUCGAUUGAGAAUCUUGUAGCCAGUAUAUGUGAGCUGUGUUGCUGCAAAGCGCUGUAUUGAUCGUGGCAGCUUCCGCAAGCAAUGCCUCGCAGACUGGCCGACUGGCGCUGCGACUCUUAUCUCAAUAUGUAACUUGUUCGCUGUGGUUGCCGCCAUCCUUGGCCAAUCUAGCAUGGGCCCAACUGCGGCAUACUAGAUAGAAGCCAGGGUGGGAUUCCAUGGGCCCUGGCCAUCCCUUGUGGGCCAAUAGAGCUCAGGGGAGAGGCCCCGCAUGCUCCCAGCCCGAUGGUCUCUCCGCGGGCUUGAUUGAGCCUUCUCAAGCCAGCUCCAAUUUUCUCAUCGUACCAUCGGUUUGAUGGCAGUAUCGUAUAGGAGGUGGCAGGCUCAAACAAAAAAUCUACCUAAACUGCUGUCGAC